AUGACAGGGCCUGUCGCGGCGGUCCGGCCGCAGGCCACCGACGAGAAGGCGGCGGUUGUGCUACAGGACGAUGGGGUUGGUGAUGCGCCGUCUGUCACGGAGGUGCUCGAGGAGAAGCCCAAGAGGACUUGGAAAUCGUAUCUGUGGGAUACUUUCGACAAGUCGCCCGAGGAGCGUCGCUUCCUUUUCAAGCUCGAUGCUGUUCUCAUGACCCUUGCCUCUCUGGGAUACUUCAUAAAGUAUCUCGACCAGGUCAAUAUUAAUAACGCCUUUGUGUCGGGUAUGAAAGAAGACCUCAAGCUAUUCGGGAAUGAGUUGAACUACAUGCAGGUUUGCUGGACUGUGGGAUACGUCUUAGGGGAGAUACCCAGUAACUUACUGCUUACUCGUAUACGUCCCGGAAUAUGGAUCCCUAUCUGCGAGGUCACAUGGUCGGUCCUCACCAUCUUGCUGGCAAAAUGUAAAACAGCCACGCACAUCUACGUCUUGCGCUUCUUCAUCGGCCUGGCAGAGAGCACCUUCUACCCAGGAAUGCAGUACAUCAUCGGGUCCUGGUACCGCAAGGACGAGCUGGCGAAGCGCUCGUGUCUCUUUCACGCCAUGGGCAACGUCGGAUCGAUGGUCUCGGGCUACCUCAUGGCGGGGGCUCACAAUCUCGACGGCGUCCAUGGCUAUCAUGGGUGGCAGUGGCUCUUCAUAACGAACACGAUAUUAUCACUCCCAAUCGCCAUCUCAGGGUUCUUCUUCCUCCCAGACCUGCCCGAGAUCACAAAGGCGUGGUACUUCACGCCCGAGGAGAUCGCCCUCGCGAAAGAGCGCAUGCGUCUCGAGGGCCGAGCCCAGCGUGCCCCGUACACCAAGGCCAAGUUCAAGAAGAUCUUCUCGAGCUGGCACAUAUGGGCGCUGGUGAUGCUGUACAUCCUCUUCAACAACGGCAACGGCGGCUCGUCCCAGCCCGCCUUCCCCCUGUGGCUCAAGGAACAGGGCUACAGCCUGCGCGAGGUCAACAUCUACCCCACCAUCACGGAGGUGGUGAGCAUAGUGACGACCCUCAUCUACGCCUGGACGUCCGACAGCCUGUUCCGCGGGGCCCGCUGGCCCGCCAUCGUCUUCUCGGGCCUCGUCAAGAUCAUCGCCUACGUGCCGCUGACGAUCUGGGCCGGCAUCCCAGACAGCCUCAAGUGGGCCGCCUUCAUCCUGUGCGGCUUCGGCGGCGGCAUCUCCGGGCUGACCUUUGCGUGGGCGCACGAGAUCUGCAGCGACGACAACGAGGAGCGGGCGCUCGUCACCGGCGCCAUGAACCAGAUGGCCUAUGUCUUCCAGGCGUGGCUGCCGCUUGUCAUAUGGCAGCAGGUCGAGGCGCCCGCGUAUCCGAAGGGGUACCCCAGUAUGGUCGGCCUCUCGAUCGGGCUGAUUGCUAUCGCGUUCAUCAUCCGUUUUCUGCAUAAGCGGGAGGUCCGGCUCAAGGCUGCCGCGGCAUCGUCUGGUGUUGCUUGA